CCAGCUUACGUCGAACAUCUGAGCGGUUGCACAACCUGCUUCUAGUCGGUGACAUUGGAGGAGAGAAGCGUCUGUCUUCACUUCAGUUUAAGACGUGAGUCUUUAUUCAAAAGGGUUAUCAUGGGAUCAGGCGUGUCUUCAGCUGGAGCUCCGACUGUUCGGGCCGAAGCUGUAGAGGCGGUUCCUCCUCAGGGCUGCCCGAUGCACAGGAGCCAGCCUGCCAAAGUGUCUCCCCCUGCAGGCUGCCCCAUGCAUCAAGCUCAGCCUAUCAAAACCUCCUCUCCAUCAGAGGUUCCAUUGGGCCGUGAGGAAGCAGGUCCAGCGCAUCAGGAGCGGGCCUAUGAGUUUGUGGAGUGUCCAAUGAGGGCUGCAGAAUCUGGAAAGAGCGACAUUAACCCAGCAAACAUGAUGCCACCCCCUAACCAAGUACCAGCUCCCGAUCAGCCCUUCUCACUGUCCGUCUCCAGAGAAGAGUCCAACAUUCCCCGCCACGGAGCAGAGAAGAACUGGGUUUAUCCUUCAGAGCAGAUGUUCUGGAACGCCAUGCUUCGGAAGGGGUGGCGUUGGCGGGAUGAUGACCUUGCUCCCCAUGACAUGACAAACAUCAUUAAAAUCCACAAUAAAAACAACGAGCAGGCCUGGCAGGAGAUCCUGAAGUGGGAAGCCUUGCAUGCCACGGAGUGUCCCUGUGGGCCCACGCUGAAGAGGUUUGGAGGCAAAGCCAAGGAGUACUCUCCCAGGGCAAGAGUCCGCCACUGGAUGGGCUACGAGCUGCCGUUCGACCGCCACGACUGGAUCGUCGAUCGUUGCGGGAAGGAGGUCCGCUACGUCAUCGACUACUAUGAUGGCGAAGUGAACCGUGAAAACUACCAGUUCUCCAUCCUGGACGUGCGUCCCGCCUUCGAUUCCCUGGAUGCUGUGUGGGAUCGAAUGAAAGUGGCCUGGUGGCGCUGGACCUCCUAAAAGACUCUCCUGAGUCCCAUUAAAAGACUGAAGAGGGACUUUUUCUAACUCACUGUGGAUUCUGAGCUUUAAAAAAACAACAUGUUCUAUUGAGGAAAGGAAAGAUGAUUGAUUAUGCUCUUGUCUUGAGUUGACAUGAUUAAAGCAGCGUCCAUCUAACUGCAGGUCAGGGUUGAAGCACAGCUGUGAGUUUUAGUUUGAAGGUCAUUAAAGUAAAGAUGGAAAAUUCUAUUAGUUCUGAUCAGCAGAAACAUUUAAACGGCCUCAGGUUAGUCAGCAGAGCUGUUCUUGGGACAUUUUCCUCAUUCUAAAACUUGGCUUCAAUCCAUCUAUGACACGUUUAGUGAUGAGUCUGAUCCAUGGGUGACCUUUACUUUAUGAACCUCAUCUGCUGUAAUAACGAAGGCAGUGAUGGAAUUAUUAAAGGUUCAGUUUCAGUCACCUUGGUCAUUUUUCAGCUGAAUCAUUUCACUUCACAUGUAUUUAUUCAAUCCUCAAAAAACAAAAACGGGGUCAUUUAAGCUUAGGUCAUCAUGAUGAAUCUGAACUGAUAAAAUACAACAAUCACCUUCCGUAAUCUGUACUAUAAGGCUGCUGGUUUGGCUCCAUAAACCUGUUUAGGUAGCAUUUUGCUUUGAGUUUAGGGAAGAGUUCAAAGUUCCUGUUGUACCAUGGUUUGAAGUUUGGUGAUUUAUCUUCAGAGUGUACCUGAGAUGUAAAUUUGAAUUCCCUCAACCUUAGAGACAAAUGCACAUGUACAAUUGAUUGGUUUAGGGACUGUUGCGUUUGUUGAAUUAAAACGUGAGGAACUUUCCUUAUAUGAUCCGACAGUGCAGUGUCUGUGAUCUGUUAUGUUUUUAAAUCUAUCAAUAAAAGGCGGUGCUGAUCUUCUGAAUUCAGUUCUACUC